AACCAUUCCAACGUACCUGGAUGAAUUUAAGAAUGGGUUUCCAAUGGAUGGCUUGUCAUCUGUUUCAGUCAGAUGGUGGGGAAAUGUGGAGAGUGAUGAUAAAGAUGCACUUUUGGAGAAAGAAAGUGUGGAGAAUGAACCACCAAAGGAUUCAGCAGCCAAGACUGGAGAGACAGACUGUGAAGAUGAUAAAAAUACACUUUCAGAGAAAGAAAGGGUGAACAACGAGCCAUCAAAGAGUUCAAUAGCCAAGACUGGAGAAGCAAACCAUGAAGAUGACCAAGCCUCAACACCUGUUGUGGGGGCUCCAUGUGUGACAGCUCCCUGUAACACGGAGAACCUUGAAGCGCAAUUGGAAGGUGCAUCUUUGCUUUCUGCAAUACGUAAAAAAAAUGCAGAGGAUGGGAUUCAUGUUCUUAAACUUGGUAUAUCGAGAGGAUAUGGUACAUCCAGGUUAAGCAAGCGACAGAAAUUAUUUCUCUCAGAAAUUGUCAGAUCUUCAUUGCCAGCUCAAUGGAGAUACAGCAUGUUUUAAGCCAUGCUUUUAAGAAGAUAUAGUCCACACCGCAUCAGUAAGGAGGCCAGCGAUGAAGUAAAAAGAAAAUCGAGUUAAUGAGGACCAGGGUCCUGCUGGGCAUCCUCUUGAGGGGAAAUAUGACUAACAGUGGAAUUGGGACCUUAGUGAAUCUGGUUAUAAGGGUCACACACACACACACACAGGGAGAGAGAGAGAGAGAGAGAGAACAUUGUCUAUGACUAUAUGUGGAACAUUGCUGAAUGUUAUCUCUAUUACAUAAGGGCAAAUUUCUUGAUUUUGGAGGGGGCUGAUAUUUCAGGUGAUCGCAUAUAUGAGAAAAUGAUUAUCAUCAUUUGUACCUGCAUUUCAGAAAAAUGACUUCCGUUGCAGGUGGAGUGGUGGUAGGGAAGGAACAAUAGUGAAGGCCUUCAAUCCGAAGAUCUUGGAUCAAUUCCUUAACCUGCCAGUUUGCACCUUCAUUCUUUCCCUAAUAUUGUCUUUAGGUAUAACGGUUGGAGGUUACCUGGUAGUGUACCUUCUGGGGAGCAGAUCAAUUUGUG